AUGGAUCCGUUCUCCCGCUGCAGCCGAGCGCGCCCGGCGCCGUUGCUGCGCGCGGCGGUGGUGCUGCAGGCGGCGGUGGCGCUCAUCGGCGCGCUUAUGGUCUUCCCCGUGCUCUCCGACGCCGCCUCCGUCGUCGACGUCUACAGAAUGAUCCAGUACGAUCUGGGCGGUGCGCCGUUCGGGUCGCGCAAGGCGUCGUUCAGCCUGUACGCGUCGUCGGGGCUGACCACGUCAGCAGCGUCGGAGGCGGAUCUGAUGCGAGCCGUGAUCGUGAUGCCGAUCCAACGGAUCAACUUCACCCUCCUCGAUGAGGUGGUGGCGGGAUCGCGCAAGGUGGGAGGCCUGCUCUUCAUCCUGCCACGUCACUUCAGCUCCUCGCUGCCAGAUAGCGGUCAGGGAGAGGACGACGAUGCGGAAGAUGAGGCUAGCAGGGCGGGGGCAGUAGGAGAGGGCGCGGGGGAGGUGAAGGAGCAUGUGGAGGUGGUGGCGCGGCUGGAGGAGCGGCUGCUGGAGGCCAACAUUCCGGUGCCUGUGUAUUUUGCUGUUGACAAUGCUGAGCUGUCAAAGCUGGCGGCUGACGUGGAGAGCAAUGAUAGGGCGGGCAAGCCAGCAUCGGCCACCAAUGGCGGCUUCAAGCUGGUGGUGGCAGCAGGCGAGCCGCGCAAGCUGCCGGCCUCCUCGCCCUUACCGGCGUUGGAGGCAUGGCUGUACGGCGGCGCAAGCUCACACGCACAGGCGCAGGGCGGGAGGAGGGAGGCGCUGCCCAUAGUGGCUGUGGUGGCACCGCUUGACACCUUUGGCCUCGUGCCCUCACUAGCAACUGGCCCUGCCAGCAGUGCGAGCGGGGUGGCGGCGGUGCUGCAGGUGCUGCGCCUCUUGUCGCGCCUCUUUGCUCUGCUGCCCUCCGCGCGUCCGCCCUUCCACCUGCUCUUCCUGCUCUCCUCCGGGGGACCCUUCAACUUCGACGGAACUCGGCAGUGGCUGGCCUCGUUGGACCAGAGUGUGCAGGACCGCCUCGAGUUCGCCAUCUGUGUGCGCGCCAUUGGUGCAGCGCCAGGGGGUGGGGAGGGGGGCAGCGGGUUGCACCUGCACGUGUCGCGGCCCCUCAAGGACCCCACCAUCCGCGCGCUCUUCCACGGCCUGUCCUCCGCUGCAGCAGCCGUGGACCCACCCACGUCUGUGGCCGUGGUGCACAAGAAGGUGAACAUCUCGGACGCCCAUGUGCCGUGGCAGCACGAGCUCUUCUCCCGUCGCAAGCUGGUUGCCGCCUCGCUCUCCUCCCUGCCCUCCGCUCCGCGCUUCCUGCGCCACUGGGGCGGACUGGCUGACACCAGGGCAUCAGUGGAUGAACGUCAGCUGCUGGCUACCACACGCCUCAUCGCUGAAACCAUUGCUAGCCACAUCUUCAACAGCAGCAGUGCCGACAAUGUUAGUAGCAACUUAUCUGAGGGAGCGGAAGCAGCCCCGCCGCCCAUCGCCUUCUUCCCACCCAACUCCUCGCUCGCUCCAAGCCUCCCCUACCUCUCCCACUGGCUCUCCCUCCUCUCCCACUCGCCACGUGUCGCCCCGCUAUUGGCGAAGGACGACCCAAUAAUUGCCGCCAUUCAAGCAGAGCUGGCAUUGCAUGCGGACAAGGUGGAGGUGAGGAAAGCAGCUUUGGACCCGCACUACACGCUCUACUCCACACCACACGCCCAGAUGCACAUCUACCAGGUGGCCAGCAUCACCUUCGAUUUAGUCACAUUCCUUGCAGUGGCCAUGUACCUCUCCACCCUCUUUGUCAUCCUCCAUACAGCCACCAAGGGCUUUGACGACCUGGUGGCUCUCUUCAAGGGCAAGCCCGCCCACCGCAAGGCAAAGCCUUCUGCCAGAUGCCAUCGAUUAGGGUUCUCCCCGCGUUUCCCGCCGUCUACCGCGCGUAACCGUCAUUCGAAUCUCUGUCCACGUAAAUGCACGAUCUCAGCAGCCAUGGACCCUGAUCGGCUGCGGGAUAAGCCAGGAAACAUCAGUUCAGCUCGUGCCACGUCAGCGAAGGUGAAUCAGUUUUCCAUCUGGGCCAUGCCUGAAGAAGGCUCGGCGUUCCACGCCUCAGCUUCGGCAGCCAUCUCGAACCUCUCAACCAGGUUCGGGUGCACGCCGUUUGAGCCGCAUGUGACGGUGAUUGGAGCGUUUGGGGAGAGGGAGGGGUUGGACGAGCAGGAGGUGGUGAAGCGCAUGGAGCGAUUAAGUGCGUCCUUAAAGCCAUACGACAUCCAAGUCAUGGAGCUGGCUGCUGGUCAGCUCUUCUUCCAGUGCGUGUAUCUCAAGAUGCUGCCUUCUAAAGAGGUGCUCCAUGUGCACAACGAGGCAGUGGAAGUGAUGGGCAUGGACAGGAAUUCCGUUGCAGCGUACAUGCCUCACCUCAGCCUCAUUUAUGGUGAUCUCUCAGACGCCCAGAAGCAGGAAGCCAAAGCGGCAAGCACCAUGAGCGUGGUGGGCUUCGAUGUGGGGAAUGAGAGGGGCGUGGUAGGCAUUGCGCGACAACGCGGCAUCGACAUCGCGCUCAACGAGGAGUCCAAUCGUGAGACUCCCAAUGUCGUCUGCUUCGGCGAAACUCAGCGAUAUUUGGGCGUCGCAGGAGCGGCGUCGUACACGAUGAACCCUAAGAACACGGUGUCGCAGAUCAAGCGCAUGAUCGGGCGGAAAUUCGCGGAUCCCGAGUUCCAAAAGGACCUUCCGAUGUUCCCGUUCCGCUGCUCCGAAGGCCCGGACGGCGAUAUUCUCGUGCACGUCAUGUACAUGAACGAGCCCAGGACGUUCACGCCCACCCAACUUCUCGCCAUGGUCUUGAACGGAUUAAAAGCGAUCGGCGAGAAGGACCUGGGAUCGAAGAUCACGGAUUGCGUGAUCGGCAUCCCUGUCUACCUCACCGACGCGCAGCGCCGCGCGUAUCUCGAUGCGGCGACCAUCGCGGGGCUGCACCCGCUUCGGCUAAUGCACGAGCCGACGGCCACAGCUCUCGCUUACGGAAUCUACAAGACGGAUCUGUCGGAAACGGAGCCACUCAAUAUCGCGUUCGUGGACAUCGGGCACUCGACGAUGCAGGUGUCGAUCGUGGCGUUCAAGAAGGGGCAGCUGAAGGUGCUGGCGCACGCGUUCGACCGGUCGCUGGGCGGACGCGACUUCGACGAGGUGCUCUUCAACCACUUCGUGGACGAGUGCGCUAAGAACCACAAGCUCGACAUCCGCUCCAACGCGCGCGCCUGCCUCCGCCUGCGCACCGCGUGCGAGAAGCUCAAGAAAGUCCUCAGCGCCAACCCCGAGUCGCCGCUGCACGUGGAGUGUCUGAUGGACGAGAAGGACGUGACGGGGUUCUUAAAGCGCGACCAGUUCGAGCAGAUGGCUAAGCCCAUCCUCGAGCGCGUCAAGGCGCCCUGCGCGCGCGCGCUGCUCGAGUCGGGCAUCACCGUCGAUCAGAUCGCAGCCGUCGAGCUGGUGGGGUCCGGGUCGCGCGUGCCAGCGAUCAUGAAGAUUCUCGCGGAGUUUUUUGGGAAGGAGCCGCGCCGCACGAUGAACGCCAGCGAGUGCGUGGCGCGCGGGUGCGCGCUGCAGUGCGCCAUGCUCAGCCCCGCCUUCAAAGUCCGCGAGUUCGAGGUGCACGACACGUACCCGUUCGCAAUCGCACUCUCGUGGAAGCAAGCGAGCGCGGCGGCGUCCGCGGAGGGCGCGGAGGGCGGCGGGGAGGAGGCGGCGGCGCAGCCGAACCAGGUGGUGUUCUCGAAGAACAACCCGCUGCCGAGCUCGAAGCUGCUGACGUUCUACCGCACUGAGGCGUUCACCAUCGACGCCUUCUAUGCCAAUCCCGAGGACCAGACCGUUGGCGCCAACACACGCAUCGGCACCUUCACUGUGGGUCCGUUUGCACCAUCGCGGCCGGACUCGAAGCCGAAGCUGAAGGUGAAGAUCCGCCUCAACCUGCACGGCAUUCUGUCCGUUGAAUCCGCCACGUUGUUGGAGGAGGAGGAGGUGGAGGUGCCGGCCAAGAAGGACGCCAAGGAGCCUGCACCAGAUGCCGCCGGGGCUCCCAUGGACGCCGAUGCUGCUGCAGCCGGUGGCGCUGAGGGCGAUGCCAAGAUGGAUGAUGCUGCUCAACCAGCCAAGCCGGAGAUGGUGAAGAAGAAGAAGACGAAGAAGACGGACGUGCCGAUAGAGGCGCACCUGGUGGGGGGCCUGCCUCCUGCGAAGCUGCAGCAGCUGGUGGAGGAGGAGUUUGCGAUGGCGCUGCAGGACCGCGUGAUGGAGGAGACCAAGGAGAAGAAGAACGCCGUUGAGAGCUACGUCUACGACAUGCGCAACAAGCUGCACGACAAGCUGGCGCCUUACGCAACGGAGGCGGAGAAGGAGCAGCUGCUGGCGAAGCUGCAGGAGACGGAGGACUGGCUGUACGAGGACGGGGAGAGCGAGAGCAAGGGCGUGUACAUCAGCAAGCUGGACGAGCUCAAGCGCCUGGGCGACCCCAUUGAGGCGCGCCUCAAAGAGGAGGAGGCCCGCCCCGCUGCGCUGCAGUCGCUGCAGUACUGCAUUGGAAGCUUCCGGGAGGCUGCGCUGUCCACGGAUGCGAUGUAUGCGCACAUCGACCCCAAGGAGAAGGCGCAGGUGGUGGAGGAGUGCAACAAGGCGGAGAUGUGGCUGAGGGACAUGCUCUUCCAGCAGCAGAAGCUCAGCAAGAAGGACAACCCCGUGCUGCUCGCGGCCGACCUACGCAAGAAGGCAGAGACCCUCGACAGGUUUUGCAAGCCCAUCAUGACGAAACCCAAACCAGCUCCCAAGCCUGCUGCAGAGCCCAAGCCCGAGCCUGCUGCUGAGGCGCCAAAGGCAGGCGGCGAGCCGAUGGAGACAGAAGGGGCUGCAGCAGAGGGAGCUGCAGGGGCAGGUGGUGAGAAACCUGCUGAGGGCGAGGCCAUGCAAACAGAUCACCAGGGGCUUGGAGAGGCAUCCAACGGCACGAUGGAGCUCCCCGCCAUGUCCUUCUCCAUGGAUUUCCGCUCGCUUGGGCGAGACCUCGCCCUAGCGUCUCAGAGCGCAGUCGGAUCGUCUAAGGACUUUUUGGACCUAGUUAAAGCCAUAGGAGAGGCUAAGUCGAAGGCGGAGGAGGAUAGGAUAAUGGCGGGGGAGCUGGAGCUGCUAAAAAAGAAGAUUUCUGAGCCGGACGUGCCUAAGAAGCGAAUGAAAGAAUACAUCCUACGUCUCAUGUACCUCGAGAUCCUCGGUCACGAUGCGUCGUUCGGUUACAUCCACGCCGUGAAGAUGACACACGACGACAACCUCUUGUUGAAACGCACGGGUUAUCUCGCGUGUACGCUUUUCCUGGACGACUCGCACGAUCUGAUCAUAUUGAUAGUCAACACGAUUCAGAAGGAUCUUAAAUCCGAUAAUUACCUCGUCGUAUGCGCGGCGUUAGGAGCCGUUUGCAAAUUAAUCAACGAGGAAACCAUUCCGGCGGUCUUGAACCCAAUAGUAGACCUCCUUAAACAUCCCAAGGAGCUGGUCCGGAAGAAGGCGGUGAUGGCGCUGCAACGGUUCCAUCAACGGUCGCCUUCCAGCGUGUCGCACGUGACGGAGAAGUUUCGCCAGGCGCUGUGCGACAAGGACCCGAGCGUGAUGAGCGCGUCGCUGUGCGGGCUGCACGACCUGAUCGCGGCGGACCCCGCGCCGUACCGCAACCUGACGCCGUCGUUCCUGAGCAUCCUCAAGCAGGUCGCCGAGGGCCGCCUGCCCAAAUCCUUCGACUACCACCGCGUGCCCGCGCCCUUCAUCCAGAUAAAGCUGUUGAAGCUGCUGGCGCUGCUGGGCGCCAACAACCAGGCGGCCAGCGAGCCCAUGUACCCCGUCAUCGCUGACGUCAUCCGGCGCAUCAGCGAGUCGCAGCCCAAGGCGGGGACGACGGGGCGGCGGGACGACUCGCAGGUGACAGCUGGCAACGCGAUCCUGUACGAGGCGAUCCGCACGGUGGCUGCGAUUCACCCCAGCGAGCAGCUGCUGGCGUCCUGCGCUGCCAUCACCUCCUCCUUCCUCAAGAGCAGCGUGCACAACCUGCGCUACAUGGGAGUGGACUGUCUGGCGCAGAUAGUGCGCAUCAACCCCGAGCUGGCCACGGAGCACCAGAUCGCCGUCAUUGACUGCCUUGAGGACCCUGACGACUCGCUCAAGCGCAAAACACUCGAUCUCCUCUAUAAGAUGACGGGCCCGGGCAAUGUGGAGGUGAUAGUGGAGCACGUGCUGCAGUACCUGCGCGGGCUGCGGUCGGGGGAUGAUGCGCACGCGCAUGGGCGCGCUGACCUGGCGGCGAGGAUCGUUGAGUUGGCGGAGAGAUUUGCACCGUCCAAUGAGUGGUUCAUCCAGACGAUGAACAGUGUGUUUGAGGUGGCGGGGGAUGUGGUGCGGCCCAAGGUGGCGCAUGACCUCAUGAGGCUCAUCGCUGAGGGGUCAGGGGGCGACAAUGACGACGCUGACUCGCGCCUGCGCUCAUCCGCCGUGCAAUCGUAUGUGAAGCUGCUCAAGGAGCCGAACCUGCCCACACUGCUGCUCCAGGUCAUAUGCUGGGUGUUGGGGGAGUAUGCCACGUCAGACGGCCACAUGUCAGCAGAUGAAGUCAUGGCAAAGCUGUGUGACGUGGCAGAGGGACAUGACACUGACGACACUGUGCGGGCGUACGUGCUAUCAGCCAUGGCAAAGGUGGUGGCGUACGAGGCGGCGUGUGGGCGGCAGGCACGGCUGUCGGGGGAGGCGAGGGCGCUGGUGGAGGUGAUGGUGGCGGCGCACAGCACGGACGUGCAGCACCGCGCCUACCAGCUGCAGGCGCUGCUCGCCCUGCGCCCCGACACCCUCGCUGCUGUUCUGCCUGUGGACGCCAGCUGUGAAGACAUCGAGAUUGACCCAGCACUGCCCUUCCUGGAUCAGUACGUGGCGGACUCACUGGCAGCGGGGGCGCGGCCCUACCUGUCCGAGUCAGACCGCCUUAACUUCUCCGUGGGUGCAGAUGCCACCUCCCUCGCCUCCUCCCUGCACGACUCCUCCGCAUCUGCUGCCGCACGCCAUGCGGACCGCUCUCUGCGCUUCGAGGCGUAUGAGCAACCCAAGCUACCCUCUGCACCCCUCACUGCCUCGCAGCGCGGCGGCGCUGGUGGCGGUGCGUUUUCCUCCUCUGCUGCCGCCUAUCCGUCUGCUAACCCGCCCCCUGCCCUCUCCGCUACUUCGUCUGGAGGGUUCCGGGAGUCGUCCGGUGGGGCCUAUGGGGGAGGGGAGGCGAGCAGCGGCGGCGGGGGAGGUGCAACAGAUGGAGCGAGACUGAACCUCUCAGGCGUGCAACGGAAGUGGGGCCGCCCUGCUGCCCCCCCUCCGUCUGCUGCUCCUCCUUCUGCCGCUCCUGCAGGACCUUCUGCUGACUCGUUCUCUAUCCGCACUGACUCAGCUGCUUCAGCAGCAGGAGCAGGGGGUGCAGGAGCAGGCGCAGCUGCAGGGAGAGGGGGGGAUCGGAGAGCGGGUGAGAGUAGUCAAGUGAGUGAGGAGAAGCAGAGGCUAGCAGCGAAGCUGUUUGGGGGCAAGGGGGCAGCAAGUGGCGGUGCAGGCGGCUCAUCUAGCCUGGCAGGGACGGGGUCUGAGCCAAGAACGGUGGGGGCAGCAGGGCAGUGGGGAAAACGAGGGUCUGGAGCAGCAGAGGGCGCUGCAGCCGAUGCCGCUCCUUCCAGUGCUCCUGCACCCCCUCCUGCUGCGCCUGUUGCUGACCUGCUGCUGAUGGAUCUCAAUGAUGACCCUCCACCAGUGAACACAGCAUCCAUGCUUGACAGCUCAACAGCAGCUCCUGCCAUGUCAGCCACUACAGCUGGUACUGCCUCAUUGGACCCUUUCAAGGCUCUGGAGGAGCUGACAGUGAUGCCAGCUGGUGAACCGCUAUUGGCUGAGAUCAGCACGAGUAGCAGUUCGUCUGCCAGUAUGAGUGCAACCGCCACUGUGUCUCCUGCACCUGCACUCUCUGGUGCGAUUGGUGGUGCCGGCAAGUCAGCAAAUGGAGCAGCCAUUGGUGGGGCAGUGGGCAUUGGUGGGCGCACAGCAGUGGGUGCUGCUGCUGGGGCAGGUGCUACAGCCAAGGGCCGUGAUGCUGCUGCUCGCAGAGUUGGAGUAGUUACUCCAGAUAAAGACCUAACAGUGAAGGCGAGCUUCUCUGGGUCUCGAUCCUCGCAAAGGUGGCAGAAAGGCGGAGCGCAGUCAGACAACGAGCACUCAAAGCACUUUCUUCGCCAGUGUGCACCCAACCCCCGAGACGUACCCCCACGUAGAGCUGCGCCGCCUGCUGGCGGCUGGCGGGAGGACACUGGAAUAGCCAGUGAAAAGGACUGGGGUAUAGAUCUGAAGAGCCAACCAGUCAACGAAUGCGGCAUAAACGAGGAUGGCAGCACGUGGUACAGAGAGAGCGGAGAGGACAUGGGCGACAAUGGCUAUCGGUGCCGAUGGACCAUCAUGGGUGGACGACAUCCCAACGGCGCGUCCGAAUGGAAAGAGACUUGGUGGGAGAAGAGCGAUUGGACAGGGUACAAGGAACUUGGCGCGGAGAAGUCGGGCAGAAACGACCAGGGAGAUAGCUGGUGGGAGACGUGGCAAGAAGUAUACGUGGUGGAUAACUGGAGCGGCAUUCCGAGAAUAGAAAGAAGCGCGCAUAAACAAGCCAAAUCAAGACAAGAAAACGUCUGGAAUGAGAAAUGGUGGGAGAAGUACAACGGCAAGGGGUGGACGGAGAAGGGGUCGCACAAGUACGGGCGGUCCAACGACCAGUCGUGGUGGGAGAAGUGGGGCGAGCAGUACGACGGCCAGGGCAUGGUGCUCAAAUGGACGGACAAGUGGGCGGAGAAGGACGACGGCACCAAGUGGGGCGACAAGUGGGAGGAGCGGUUCACGUCGGGGGUGGGGCACAGACAAGGGGAGACCUGGCACGUUGAGAACUCAGGCUCCCGCUGGUCGAGAACAUGGGGCGAGGAGCACUUUGGCGAUGGUACCCAAAUCCCAUGCUCACCAUCAUGCUUGGUCCAUCCUGGUCGCUCUGAGCUCAUGUGUGUCCCUCUCCCCCAAUGCGUGCUGCUGGCUGCAGGAUGGUGCACAAGUACGGGAGGAGCACGAGUGGUGAACAGUGGGAUGUGGUGGUGGCAGAGCCAACAUACUACGAGGGGAAGCCACACUAUGGGUGGGAUGAAGCUGUGGCCAACUCCUCACAACUGCUAUCCAUUGAGAUCAGGGACCGCACAGAACCCAGUGCAUUCGGGGAUUACGGACGAUCGCAAGGCAUAA